ACACGCGUGGAAGUCAUGUGGACAAAAUCCAGAAUUCAUCCUGUGUUCUCUGUCUCAGUGGAACCCGUGAAGGAAGCUGCUGCCAUGGUCUGCUGGGCUCUCAGGAGAGUCGGCCAGGUGCGUGCCCGCUUGGCCCGCAGAGACAGCGGAGUCUGCCGGGGCCACGAGCAUCAGCCCUUGGGCCGGAGGCCCGCCCCGGGGGCACCGGGCAGCACGGUGGAGCUGCUGGGCAAGUCCUACCCCCAGGACGACUACAGCAACCUGACCCGCAAGGUCCUGUCCAAGGUCGGCCGGAACCUGCACAACCAGCCGCAGCACCCGCUCUGGCUGCUCAAGGAGCGGGUGAAGCAGCACUUCUACGCGCGGUACACGGGCCGCGCUGGGACCCCGCUCUUCUCCGUGUACGACGACCUCUCCCCGGUGGUCACCACGUGGCAGAACUUCGACAGCCUGCUCAUCCCGGCCGACCACCCCAGCCGGAAGAAGGGCGACAACUACUACCUGAACGCCACGCACAUGCUGCGCGCGCACACGUCGGCGCACCAGUGGGACCUGCUGCGCGCGGGGCUGGACGCCUUCCUGGUGGUGGGCGACGUGUACCGGCGCGACCAGAUCGACGCGCAGCACUACCCCGUGUUCCACCAGCUGGAGGCCGUGCGCCUCUUCUCCCGCCACCAGUUAUUUGCUGGCAUAAAAGAUGGAGAAAACCUGCAGCUUUUUGAACAGAGUUCCCGCUCUGCCCAUAAGCAAGAGACACACACGCUGGAGGCCACAAAGCUGGUCGAAUUUGACCUUAAGCAAACACUUACCCGGCUUAUGACACAUAUCUUUGGAGACGGACUGGACAUCAGAUGGGUGGACUGCUACUUCCCCUUCACUCAUCCCUCCUUCGAGAUGGAGAUCAACUUCCACGGGGAAUGGCUGGAGGUCCUGGGCUGUGGAGUGAUGGAACAGCAGCUGGUAAACUCAGCCGGAGCUCAGGACCGGAUUGGCUGGGCCUUCGGGCUGGGGCUGGAGCGGGUGGCCAUGAUCCUCUAUGACAUCCCCGACAUCCGCCUCUUCUGGAGCGAGGAUGAGCGCUUCCUGAAGCAGUUCCGAGUGCAGGACAUCAACCAGAAGGUGACGUUCCAGCCUCUCAGCAAAUACCCUGCUGUGAUCAACGACAUCUCCUUCUGGCUGCCUCGCGAGAACUACACGGAGAAUGAUUUCUAUGACUUAGUCCGAACAAUUGGAGGAGACCUGGUGGAAAAAGUUGAUCUUAUAGACAAGUUUGAACAUCCAAAGACACACAGGACCAGCCACUGCUACCGCAUCACCUACCGCCACAUGGAGCGCACGCUGUCGCAGAAAGAGGUCGGGGGCAUCCACCAGGCCGUGCAGGAGGCGGCCGUGCGGCAGCUGGGCGUCGAAGGCAGGUUUUGAGGGCCCACUUCCCGGGCGCGGCGCUCCCGGGGCUCCAGGGUUGCUGAGUGAAGGAGAGAAGGAUCCCAUCUGUGGACUGAGGCAUCCAUCAUCCUGCGGUAAACGGGUCAGUUCCAGAACUCUCAGAAAAUAAAGCAUUGCUCUCGAGAA